AUGGAUGUCAAUAACUCUCUGCUCUGGAGCGCUGGGCCUGGGCCCAUUCCCACUGUCGACCACGCCCAACCUGUCGUUCAUAAUCCGAUUCUUUUGCUUAUCCCAGUGACAAUAUUCCUUGUCACACUCCCAAGCUUAUUCCAGAAGCCUCCCCAGGUCUAUGAUAAACCCCGGUGGUACCCCCACAAAGACCCAAUCCUCGGCCUCGACGUCCUGUUCGAUAUCGCCCAGUCGGUGUAUAACCACCGCUUCCUUACAUUCACUGCAGAUCUCAUUAACCGAUUCAACGGGACAAUCACAUAUCUGAGCCUCGGGCGACAGGCAGUCUACACAAUCGACCCGGCCAAUAUACACGCGAUGCUGGUCGAUCGCACCCACAGCCAGGACUUUGGGCUGGGCCCUACGCGGCGCCGGAACUGGAAGCCGUUGUUUGGCAGUGGUAUUUUCAACUCGGACGGGGUGACUUGGAAGCACCACCGCAGCACAUUACGGCCUGCGUUGUCUCAUGCUGGACCGGAUAUGCUUGAAGUCUUCGAGACGCAUCUACAGGUACUUAUACGAUUAGUCCCGGAUGGAAGGACGGUUGAUCUGCAGCGGAUAUUCCAUGCGUUGACGCUGGAUGUCUCGACGCAUCUCUUCCUGGGGGCAUCGACCGAGAUCCUGCCGUCGCUGUUUGGGUCUGACAGUGAUGGCUCGCGCGGGCGGGAAUUUGCGGCGGCGUUCGAGUAUGCCCAGCGCGCUGUUUCGGGGAUUGAUGAUUUCAGCUUGUCUGGGAUUUGCUGGAGGUUUGUGUUUGGGGAUGCGCGGCUGGAUCGGGCUUUGCGGACUGUGCAUGCGUUCAUUGAUGAGGCUAUUGAUCAUGCCAGUGGGGGUUUCACUGCUGGUUCUGGGCAGGUUCUUCUUUACAAACUCCUUAAUGAAGGCAGGUCGAGGGAGGAUAUCAAAUACGACAUGAUCAAUCUGCUGGCCGCGGGCAAGGACAGCAUGACCUCAUUCAUGGGCUCGAUCUGGUAUAUUCUCUGUCAGAGACAGGAUAUUCUGGAGAAUCUUCGUGCGGAAAUCAGUGUUCUGCAUGGCCAGCCUCCGACAAUAGAGCAGCUUUCCAAGCUCACUUACCUGCACAUGGUCCUGCAAGAAGUCCUCCGGCUAUACCCCCCAGUGGCAGCUAACCAGCGCACCGCCGAAGUGGACACAUUCCUCCCUCGUGGUGGAGGAGCAGAUGGGAAAUCGCCUAUGCGCGUUCCCCGCGGAGCAUCCGUAGGCUACUCGGUGUAUGCAAUGCACAGGAUGCCAGAGUUCUUCGGCCCAGACGCCGAUGAGUUCCGGCCUGAGCGGUGGGUAGACAUUGGUGUCAGGCCCAAGGCGUACAUGCCUUUCCAUGCUGGGGCGCGCACUUGCUUAGGGCAACAUCUUGCGUUGGCGCUGGGCAAGUACUCGACGGUUAGGCUGGUGCAGUGCUAUCAGAGGGUGGAGAAUCGGAAUGAACUGCCGUGGGAGGAGAAGUUGGGGUUGAAUUGCAGCUCGAGGCAUGGAGUGCUGGUAGGGUUGUCUCAGUGUGUUUCGUAG